AUGUAUCGAAUGAACAAUGAGGAUAAGGAGGAUGAGCUAAACUACUUAAAAUCGUCGCGGCUAGCUGCUGAGUGUGUGUUUGAGAGCUACAUUCAAGCAAGCCAUCGGCUAUACACCUUGGAUGACAAAGAAGUGGAGCUCUUCAAGAAAAAACCGAGUGACAGCUAUGUCCUGGACUAUACCAUGGCAUGCAAAGUGAACGGACAGUCACCCAAGACAGUGCAACCGGACCUGAAAAAUAUUGAGGGGAUUAUUCCAAGAGAGGUAUUUACGCAAGAGAUGGCACGUAUGGUAAAGGACAGCCUCUUGGCUCCAUUGUUAGAAGUGCGCACUCUGAUGUGGGAUAUUCGCGCAUUGACCUCCAUCUUAGACCGUCUGGGGCACCACAGUGUUGCGCUAUUCGAUUAUGAGGGUCGAAAAGCACCCGUCAACAUCAUUUCCUCAAAAAAAAUCGAAGGCCAGGAAGGAUGGCCACAGUUGAGAUUAGAACUCCUAGACGCAUUCUUGAAAAUCCCUCAGUCCGUUAGUGCACCUGUGGUUCAGAUGACCAUAUCCCGCUCCGAAACUGGUCAAUGUCAUAUCCAUACAAUCCUGACCUCCGCUCCGGGCUCCCGGAACUCCGAACUCCGACUUCCGGAGCCCUACUUCCCUUCCAUCACCUUCUCCUUGCCGACUCCCAAGAGGUUAUCCCACCUCCGGCUCAGACACCACCUUCGGUCCGACUCCGGAACAUUCCGGGUCCGACCCCAACCUCGACACCUUCCAGACAAGUACGCAAAACCUAUGCUCCUGACUCCGGACCUCCGCUCCGGUAUCCCGUUCAUGUCUCGUCUCGGAACCUCCGGUCUUAGCUCCGACCUCGGACUUUGA